GGCUGGGUAGCAUUCCUGGUGCCAUCGAGUCGCCUAUCGGGCUCGACGGAUCCUUCGCCCAGCGGCCAAACGGAAAGUUGGAGGACGAUUCGCGAGAAGACGAACGCUAGUUUCUUGGCCUGCACACCGGACUUCCGGCGGAUACCCGCAGCUGCCGCAGAUGCCAGACAGGCUCGACAUUCGCUGGGCCGACAUAGGAGAGUGUCACCGGCUUAAACUAGUUGCUGGGGAACACGAGAAGGCAUGCAUCGAUGAUGGCAUCUCGCUGCGCGGGGUGUGUGCAACGACGGUGGGGCACUCGUAUGCACCCACGGGUCACAACAGCAAGGCCGCUUCUCUUUUUUUCCGUCAAACUAACCACCAGCAACUCGGCCUAUUCAUUGGAGCCAGAAAGACCCCGAGAAGAUGCAGGAAUGGUCACUUUUGGCCAGUUGCGAGCAGGGGAUACGUAUCCGUGGAGCAAUGUGCCGUUCUCUGCCGUUGCCUACCUGCCCUUUGCAAGAGGCACGGAUGGGCACAUGUCCUGCAGUGCCGCAGUGAAAGCGGAAGAAGAAAAAAAAAAAAAAAGGACGGCUCGCGUCAAGUCAAGAAGACUGAAUGCCGGCAGACAAUGAUUAGACUACUAAAUGGCCUCGGGUUUCCGCUGUGCGAUUAUAUACACAGUGUUGGCCUUUUUGCUGAUCCCUGCAGAGAGAGGUGGAAACGCGCCCAGACUCCAGGGGAGCUAGCUAGGUCGAGCCUAUCAGGAUGUUAUUUUAUUUAUUACCUGACCUCGGGGAUUAGAUGGCGUCCAUGGAACCCUACCCAGCAGGUAGCCUCCUUUUCUCCCCUCCGGUCCUGUCUUAAAGUCUUUCUCUCUGUCGUUUCCAUCCGUUCCGAACAUCUUCUCGCCUCGGCAGCUUCUCUCUACCCCAGGUUGUGCUACCACUCGCUCGAAGCACAGCUUUCUUGGGGCGUUUUUGACUAAUCUUCUUGCCUUCGUUUAAUAUUUACUUGCCUUUUUUUCCUCUCAAUUCGGCGAUUGCUCGGUUCUCUUGGCCUUUUUUGCCUAGAUUCCAUUCCACAUUCCGGCCGUGAUUCUGAGGUCUCGAAAACAAGGCACACUUAAACAACAAAUCACCUUCCACCAUGGUUUCUUUCACCAAA